AUGACACCAAAAAUUCACACAUUUUUCCUGACUUGGUUGUUAAGCCAACAGGUGACAGGGCAGACUGAGUCUUCCAAUCUGGACAUGGCUCCCGAUGCAUUUGAUGAUCAGUAUGAGGGCUGUGUCCAGGAAAUGGAGAAAAAAGCACCCCAAUUGUUAGAAUAAGGCUUCAACAUGAAUAAGGACUUAAAAGUUGAGUGGGAAAAGGCAGAGAAAAAAUGGAAGGAGAUAAAAAACAAAAUUAACUAUCCCAAAGGUUUCAGUGAUUACCAUGGAACAGCUUUCGUGGUAUACACGGGAAACCACAUCUAUGAUAAAUUUAAUGGAGCUCUUAGAGAAUUUAAGAAAAAUUCCAGUAACUUUCAUUACAAGGCCUUACAUUAUUACUUAACAAGGGCUCUUCAGCUUCUGAAUAACAAGAACUGUUACACAGUUUACCGAGGCACCCGAAACAAAUUUAGUUACGCCGGGAAGGGCUCUGUGCGAUUUGGACAGUUUGCUUCCUCAUCUUUUGAUAAGAUGGUAGCUACUAAAUUUAGUGGUACUAGUGGGACACUGUUUACCAUCAAAACCUGCUUGGGGGUUAACAUAACUGGAUUUUCCUACUACUCUUAUGAAAAGGAGGUGUUAAUUCCAGUCUAUGAAGUAUUUAACAAAGUCACUGUAACACCAAGUGGAAAAGCAAAUGUCAAUAUUUUUCUGAACUCCCCACAAAGAGGGAAAAGCAAUUUCAACUGCUUCUACAGCUCAGGUGAGUGUGGGUCUGUCCAUGAGCCAUCUGCAGGAACCAGAGACAGCCCUGCAUUCCUGCUGCUUGUGGUGCUACUUAGUCUCCUGGUCCAGCUACUUCCUCUUGCUGAGCUGUAG